CUUACAUCUUGCUGAUGAUUGUAUAAAAAGCUUUUCGGAAAAUAAAAUAAAUUUAUUAAUCUUUUAGCAGUUGAAGUUGAAGAAAUAUGAAACUGUUAUACUCGUUUCUAAUCUUGGGCCUAAUACAACUGGUUUUCAUAAAACCUUCAACAGCCUCAACCAAACAUGAAACAACUUCAUUCAAGCAAAAGCUAGUGGAAUUCUAUGACAAUGGCUUAGAAUCUAUAGAGAAAGAUUUCUGUGAAAAGGCUAAAGUUUUGAGUGAAAAACUUUUAAAAAACAAAGUAGUUAAACAGCCUAAAACACCUAUAAUGAGAAAGUUUAAACAGAAUUUAACCGAUUUCUUAAGUGAUUAUAAUUCUUACCAACGUUAUGGUUUAAACUAUCAAUUGGUUUUAAUGUUUGAGGAUAAACUACCAGAUCCCAGCCACAAUAAAGAAAUCGACUACAUUUGGCAAUUAUUAGAAAAAUAUGGUUAUAAUGAAUUGCAUGAGGAUUAUGAGAGGAAAUAUAUGAAAUUUGUUGAACAAAAAUUUCGGCCCAAAUUUGAAGAGUUAAAAAAGCAACUUGACCAACAAGAAUUAAAGCAAUACAAGGAUUUAAUAAAGGGAUACAAUAAAUUGAAAAGAUGCCAAACCUAUAAAUGUCAGUCCAAAUAUUUGUAUAAACUUGUAAGGUACCCUACACCAAAAGCGGAACUUUUGGAGUAUUUCUAUGAAAAACAAGAUAACAUUCACAUCUACUAUGGCAACACAGUCCAUAAUAUUGCCAAGGCUGUAUUAAAGCACAAACGAUUGUCAGAACUUCCCAAUAAUCUAAGGCUAAAUUUAACCAAUAAUAUUAAAGAUUUCACUGAAAAAUACGAAAAGCAUCAACAUAUUGAUGAAUUAUACACUUUAAUAAACCAAUUCUAUUACAAUAUUUUAGAGAAAUAUUACUACAACAACACAAUACCAUUAAAUGAGCAACAAUUAAUCAAGCAAAUCUUUGAUGCAGCAGGUUAUGAUAAAUUUACAGCAGAAUAUUCACGCAAAUUGAAUGAUUUUGUACAGCAGGGACUUUUUCAGAAAUUUAAACAAUUUAAAGCUGCUUUAACACGCAAAGAGUUGGCCAAAGAGAAGCCCUUAAUACAGUGGUAUGAUCAUUUGAGAGGUUUACACAAUACCGAAGAUAUAACGGAGGCAUUUGACCAGAUAUUAGUGUUUUCUUAAAACAGAAUUAAACUUAGGAAAUAUAUUUCAAAUUUAAGCUAGUUUCAGUAAAUAA